UUCUGGAAACAAAAUUAAGGUAAGGUUAGGUUAUGAUAGUGCCAAUAGUGUUUAAAUGUGGUGGAAGCAUACGUAUGUGUCAAAUAUAUUAAGUGGAUAAACAUGCAUAUAUAUUCAAUGUUCCCUCUUGCCCUUUGUCUUCAUUAGCAUGUAUUAGUUAAAUUACAAGGUUUGACCGACAGAAUUUAUUACUUUUAUUGUGAAGGUUCUAACCAGAAGUCCGAGUCAAGCUAUCAAACUUUUCAGUGGCAUUAAUGUGGUUUGAGCGCCAUAGCAACCAGAUGACCGAAACAAAAAAGUCGACUUUAUAGUUUGAAAUAGAAGAUGCCCCCCUCGGAGGAAGAUACUUUUUUUUGGAUAGAGAACUAACAGAAGAAGAAGAAGAAGAAUGCCUUCUACAAAGAUUAGCAAACACAAACCAGCAGAGGAGUCUCCAUCAAAGCCACGAAACAAGUUCAAAGAGCUCCAAGUGCCCCCGUUGCAUAAAAGCAGAGCAGCCAGCUGUCCCAGAGCAAGCCAGAAGGGGGGUCUUGCCGAGGUGACGUGUAAACGCAGAACUAGGUCCAGGUCCACUGCCCCCAGACCCAACGGCCUAAAAGGAAAGCAGGACUUGUCCUUGGUAAACCAUGCACUCUUAGAUGCACAGUGGCGUGAUGGAAGCAAGGGUCCAGGGCAGAGGGGGCGCGGGGGCGUCCAGACUCAGAUGAAGCCUGGAAUCCAGAGCCACAGAGCCUACACCGUCAUCCCCCCAAACCCCCAAAAGAGACAGGAGAUCCAAAGAAAGGCAGAGGCCGAACUUGCCGCUCUGGAGGAGCUGAGGCUGAGCAGAACAAUGGCAAACGUCACCAUUAAACCCAGCAGCGUCGGGGGCUGCAUGAGUCUGGAGGAAGUUCGACUGAAGCAACAGCAGGAAAUGAUGCAGGCCAAAAGGAAACCGAUAAGGAAGCAACGGGUGCAGCAAACACAUAUUCUGACGGGCUGAGCUUGACGACAGUGCAUAAGAUGAGACUCCACAUCCUUCCUAGAUUUAUAAAAUACAAUUAUGCCAGCAAAAGUAUUGUCAUUCUUAAUUCACUCAAGAUUCACUCAAAGAGAGCUCAUAGGUGACACUGAGGUGGAUGACAAGAAGCCAUUGGGAGAAAGAAUUAAUAGGGAAAUCAAAGUAUUGGUCGUUUGACAGCAUUCUAUGAAGAAAAUAUUACAAUUAAAAGACCCUGAUGCCCUGUUGACUGCUACAGCAGCAAAUCGACAAAAUGUAAAUGUCCCACAGUAGCAUACAUGUUAAAGAAGCCAUGCAGGGUGACUGGAACGACCCAGUGCGCAUGCUUGUAGAAAAAUGAUCAGCCAUUUUUGUAGUCCCACUGACACGACACGCUUCUGACGUAAAUGCUGCAUUCAAAGACUCACCAAAAGAUCCGGCGUUUGUACGCGCUGUGUGUAACGUGUUUAUAUAUAUAUAUAUACAUAUACACUGUUUUGGGAAUUGUAAAAACACAGUUUAUAAUGGCACCCUUGCUCUACUGACAAAUUUAAAUAUUCACAAAAAUCAUAAUUGAAUCCUUAUAUACAUUGUUUAUUAAGUGUACUUAAUAAACAACAUACUAAGAUGAGUAAUUUCAAGAAACAAUACAAGCAGUUGAUGUUUGCAAAGUACAAGGAAGAAGAGUCCUGAAACACUGUGUACAUGCAAUGCUAUGUUCAAACACUACUACAAUCACUACCAUCUCUUCCCUCUUGUCACUUGUUACUCUUUAUUCUUUUGUGAGUAUGCCAGUACUCACGCACCCAUUAUCCAAUUAUGUUCUGUUCUAUUUCAUUUGUCAAUGCCAUGUCUAAUCACUACCACACUUAUUACUUAUUUCUUUUUUUAAAUGAUUUUGUUGCUAUUACUCAUCUAUUAUUAAACUAUGUUGUGUUAUGUCUAUGUCAUAUUAUUUAUUAGGACUGUCAAAUCAAGUAAUUACGGUGACAUGAAAUUUGACAAAAAUUUGAAACUCGACUACUAUUUUUUCUACUAUUUAUCACAUUAUGAUAUUAUCUCAUCAAUUUACGAUGUAUUCAACUAGAAGAGAGUGUAUUUGGAAUACAUGAGUGAACAAAUGUACUGAAAUUGAUGUAAAACGAAUGGGGGGGGGAUUAAAUAAGCUUUGCUUCUUCCUACUCCUUUUGGAAAUGUGGAACUGUGACUUGUAAUAUGUGAUGUAUUAUAAUGUAACUUGUAUGAAUGUUCAAAUAAAUAAAACCA